AUGGGAAGGGAAGGGAAGGAAAGGGAAGGGAUGGGAAUGGAUAAGAAGGAAAAGGAAGGGAAGGAAAUAAGGAAGAAUGGAACAUCUGAAAAGUGAGGGAAAGGGAAGGGAAGGGAAGAAAAGGGAAUAAUCAAUAAGGGAAGGAAGGAGAAGAAAAAUAACAAAAAAUAACAUAAUCAAAAUAAACAAACAACAAUACUGACCACCAAUUUCUACCAGGUUUCGGUUGGACCAGGAUCAGGUGAGCUACGGCCUUCCGACAGCGGAUGUACGUGGGACUGUCCUCGGCGACCAGUGCCCGGUGGAGGUUGACUUCCCGUGCCAGCCGAGAAAAUACCGCCCAUUAAACAGCUACUGUAAUAACGUCCAGAAUCCAAAAUGGGGUAACGCCAACACCAGAUAUCUCCGUUUCCUCCCAGCGAAUGACGGCGACGGGGUGUCCGGUCCGCGGCAGGCGACCUCGGGUGAUUUUCUCCCGUCGAUGCGAGUGAUCAGUCUGGCCCUCCAUCGCGACCAUGAUAUGCCACACAAGUUUAUGACCUCGGUGGCGGCAGUGUUCGGACAGUUCAUCUCACACGACCUCUCGCAUACGCCGCAGAUGGCAGGGUACAUCGGCCAGCGUCUCCGUUGCUGUGGGGUCAACUUCAGCGACUUCCACCCCGAGUGUUACCCGAUUUGCGUCCCCGAUAAGGACCCGAUCUAUUCCCCGCUCAAACAAAAAUGCCAUGAAUACGUGAGGUCAGGCAUGGCUCCGAGGACUGGGUGCACGCUAGGGCCCAGAGAGCAGAUCAACCAGGUGACAUCCUUCAUCGACGGCUCUGUGAUCUACGGGUCGAGCAAGGAGGAGAGCGAUGAGCUACGAGCGUUCACCGGCAGACUUCUCAGGAUGCAGCGGGGCCCGGGCAGCACACAGAUAGGAUUGUAG